AUUCUGCCCUUUUCACAUACAGCGUGAUUCCACGAGUCCUUGCUGCCGCUCCGGCGCGAGACACCCACGAGAGAGAAGCGAAUGUCAGAGAGGGAUGGAAACACCAUCGGCAUGAAUCACGUAUAGCAUCCCCCGUGUACCUCGGGAGUACAGUUCCCUUGCUGAAAGCGUUUUCUCCUCACCUAGUAUAUGUUUUGUUUUCUUUUUGUUUUUGCGUGAAUGAAGGGAAGAAUAUGGAAGUGACUACAUCAAAAAGCUUUCUAUUGCUCGCUCAGCUCGUGCUCAUCUGCUUGAUAGCUGAAGUGGUGCAAGGAUACUUCAGAAGCCAGCGCAAAUUCACAGAGGACAUCGACUGGUCCUACGCUGGAACACUUAACCAAAAGAACUGGGCCAAGAAGUAUCCAUCAUGCAAUAAUGCCAAACAGUCCCCCAUAAACAUCGAGGAGGACCUCACCCAGGUGAAGCUUCAGUUUCAACAGCUGAGGUUUGAGGGCUGGGACCAGCUGACCUCAGACACCACCGCCAUCAAAAACGACGGAAAAACAGUUGCGGUAGACCUGAACGGAGAGUUCUACCUGAGCGGAGGGGGGCUGAGGUCCCGGUUCAGGGUGGGCCGAAUCCAGUUCCACUGGGGCACGUGCAACGCCUCCUCCGACGGCUCGGAGCACAGCCUCAAUGGCGUCAGGUUUCCGCUCGAGAUGCAGAUUUUCUGUUAUGAACCGCACAAGUUCAAAUCCAUUGAUGACGCAUUCAAAGAUGGAGGAAAGAUCACAGCUCUGGCUGUCUUGUUUGAGGUCAGUCAUGAGGACAACGACAACUACGUGCCGAUUAUCAACGCCGUGAACUCUGUGAGCCGAUUCGGUAAAAGCGGCCUCGUGGAACCGUUCAGCCUGCAGAGCCUCCUGCCCAAUUCGACGGGGAAAUAUUUCACGUACAACGGCUCCCUGACCGCGCCGCCGUGCUCGGAGACGGUGGAGUGGGUGGUGUUCAAGAACACCGUAUCCAUCUCUGACAUACAGCUGGAGGUGUUCUGUGAGGUCAUGACCCUGCAGCAGGCCGGGUAUGUGAUGCUGCUGGACUACCUGCAGAAUAACUUCAGGGAGCAGCAGGACCAGUUCAUUGGCCAGGUCUUCUCCUCUUACACUGGGACGGAGGAAGUGCCCAGCCCCAUUUGUAGCUCAGAGCCGGAGAACGUGCAGGCAGACCCUCACAACUACACCAGCUUGCUGGUGACCUGGGAGCGGCCGCGGGCGGUGUAUGACACCAACAUCGAGAAGUACUCCGUCACCUACUGGCGGCUGGAGGGGGAGGACCCGCCCAAGAGCGAGUACCUGACAGACGGGGACCAGGACGUGGGUGCCAUAAUCCAGGACCUGGCGGGUAACACCAGCUACAUGGUUCAGGUGGUGGCGGUCUGCACCGGCGGUCUGUACGGCCGCGUGAGUGACCAGCUGCGCGUGGAUAUGCCCCUGGAUGACCCUGAAACAGAUCCUGAUCUAUAUUUAGGUCCUGAUGAAACUGAAGAUGUCUUUAAGGAAGUGUACCAGCCGAAUUUGUCGCAGGGAAAAUCGAGCCAGAACCAGGCAAGCACGUCAGCCCGCACCGUUACCAGCGACUCCCCCUCCAUUCGCAUCGCCAUGGAAACAGCGGGCCCAGGCUUCCUGUUUCCCGGCAGGAGGAGCACAACCACUCCUGCGGUGAGGAGGGUCACGGAGGAGAGCUCGCUCCCCUGGUCCCGGGGCCACACCCAGCGUCCCGUCCAGAGCCCCGGCACCGAGCGGACUUCCCUCAUCAGCCCCGCGGCGUUGCCCGGCAACGGCAGCGUCAUCACCGACGUCUACUACGACGACGUCGUCAACAGCACGGCCUACGAGAACGCCACGGCCCCUACGGCCCCGCCUCUCGACGCCGCGCCCCCGGACGACACCCCCGGUCCUUCCUGGGGCACCCGCGGGGAAGCCGCGACGUCGCCCGCCGCAACCGACACUGGUGGGUACGAGGUGACGGAGGCCACCCCCCUCCCCGAAAACCCGCUCGCCGUUACCCCCACCCCCUCCCUGGAGGUACCGCUGUGGCCCACAAGCCCCGGCGGCGAGCUCCCCUCCGUCUCAACGUCCGCCUUCAGUGCCGUUCUCUCCCGGACCACCCAACCGGUGUCUAAUGGUGAGACCGCUCUCCCCGCCCCCACUGUGUGUGACUCUCCGCCCCCCCGGUCCUGUUCUGACCCUGUCACCUUCCUGCAUGCCACUCCUGUGCUGCCCCCCUCCUCCUCUCUGCCCCCCGGCACCUGGGGCCUGUCCGAAGGCUGGCCCGGGCCGGGCUGGGACGUCCCGCAUGCUCUCACUGUCCCGGUGUCCCUCGCCCCCUCGUCCACUUCCGCCCUGUCCCGCCCACCCUCCGCCCAUUCUGUCUCUGAUUGGAAGAUGGACACUGUACUGUUUAGUGGCAAUGGUGAUGGUGGGGAUGGUGAUGAUGAUGAUGAUAAUGAUGAUGAUGUUCUGUCUGGUUCGCCGUCUGUGGCCAAGGGUGAUCCCCUGAUAAUUAGCACUGAUACUCUACCCCUUCAAACUUUACCUGAUUCAUCUGCCACUGUGCUGUCCCAUUCUGACUGGGACGGGCUCCAUCCUUCUAGACCUCUCAGCACUGUCCCUCCGCCGAAAACUUUCUCCACUUCUCUUUUCCACAAACACCAUGAAACUUCACUUUCUCUCUCCGGCGACUGCUGUUCGACGGCAGCGACUGCACGUGCGGGUGGGCAAAGCAGCCUUUGGGCAGUAGGGGGCGCUGCUGAUGCCACAGGGGCCUUUGAAUCGGCAGCGAGGGAUGGCGGGGGUGGCGGUUUCCUUCGGCUCACCUCCGCCAUCCCUGAGCUACCUCCUGUCUCCUGCACCUGCGUCUCCAUCGACCUGGCGUCUCCUGCGUUUGGCAGGAACUCUGUGCAUGCCUCUCUCCAUCCUCUUCAGCCUUCCUCCGGCUGGGGGGCGCCCCCUGGUGGCUCAUUGACAGACUCUGGUAGCGUGGUAGACUUCCAUCCAUCUCUGUCUCCCAGCGCUGUGGCUUCCCGCAGCUCCUUGGGCUCUUUUCCUGGUGGCGCAGACGGGGACGCUGACUCCGCCCCCCUGCCCGUAGACCUCUCUCUCCGGGCGGUCGCUCCGUCUCGCUCUCCCGCUCGCCCUUUGAGUGACGUGUCCGUUUCUGUUGCAGUGGCCGCAGCCAGCACUCAGAGCCCCACGCCCUCCUUCGGUCGGGCCCGGCCCGUCCGCCCCCCCGCCCUGUCCCCCACCACCUCCCCCGAUGGCGGCUCCACAGCCCCGCUCUCUCAGGACGGACAGGUAGACAGUAGCGCCUCGGGCUCCACCCUGUACGUGGAGUCGCCGGACGACUUAGAUCAGGACUGGGACCGGGGCCGGACGGCGCCCCCUGGGGCGGGAGGCACGCCCUCGUUCGCGCUGGCGGCCUCGCCCACCGCGCCGGCCCCGUUCGCCGAGGCGACGGCCAGCGGCGCGGACGACGGCAGCGGCGGCGACCGCCCGUCCUCGUUCUACUUCGACAGCGACAACGGGACCGAGGUUGUCGUCAUGGAGACCAAAGGCCUGGGCACGUUUGGCGGAGGGGAGGAGGAGAGCGGCUCCGGGAGUCUCUACGACAACGAGACGUCCUCAGACUUCAGCAUACCCGAGUACACGGAGAUGGAGUCUGAGGAAGCGCUGGAAGCAGAGGCCAGCAACAGCAGCCACGAGUCUCGUAUUGGCCUGGUGAGCCGUGAAGAGAGGGAGAGAAAGGUUUUCUUGCCACUGGCUGUGGUCUCCGUUCUUACUUUCCUCUGCUUGCUGGUACUGGUGGGGAUCCUGGUCUACUGGAGGAAGUGCUUCCAGACAGCCCACUUUUACAUAGACGACAACACCUCACCCAGAGUCAUCUCUGACCCAGCCACGCCUAUGCUCUUCGCUGAAGAUGAUCAUAAAGCUUUUCCCGUAAAAGAGUUUGUCAGACACGUGGCGGUGCUUCAUGACACCAACUCGUUCCCACAGGAGUUUGAGAUAUUGAAAGAGUGUUAUAAGGAGAUCCAGGCGUGCACGGUGGAUCUGGGUAUGACCUCAGACAGCUCCAACCAUCCCGACAACAAAAGCAAGAACAGAUACAUCAACAUCCUGGCAUACGACCACAGUCGAGUUCGACUCUCGUCUAACUCUGACAGAGACGUGAAGUGUGGAGACUACAUUAACGCAAACUAUGUGGAUGGCUUCAACAGACCCAGGGCCUACAUCGCGGCUCAGGGCCCGUUGAAGUCCAGCACAGAGGACUUCUGGAGGAUGAUCUGGGAGCAGAACGUGGGCGUGAUUGUUAUGAUCACCAACUUGGUGGAGAAAGGGAGGAGGAAAUGUGACCAGUACUGGCCAGUGGAAACCCAGGAGGAGUAUGGCUGCUUCCUGGUGACGCUGAAGAGCACCAGAGUCCUGGCCUUCUACACCCAGAGGACGUUCACCCUGAGAAAUACCCGGGUUAAGAAGGGAUCUCAGAAGGGGCGGGGUCACGAACGCACUGUGGUCCAGUACCACUACACCCAGUGGCCCGACAUGGGUGUCCCGGAGUACACCCUGCCUGUGCUCACGUUCGUGCGGAAGUCCUCCCUGGCCAGGGGAGGGGACAAGGGGCCUGUAGUCAUCCAUUGCAGUGCUGGAGUGGGUAGGACUGGAACCUACAUCGUCCUGGACAGCAUGUUACAACAGAUUAAGGAACAGGGAACGGUCAACAUCACUGGCUUCCUUAAACACAUCCGCACGCAGAGGAACUACCUCGUACAGACAGAGGAGCAGUACGUCUUCACCCACGACGCCCUGGUGGAGGGAAUCCUGAGCCAGGAGACGGAGGUUCCAUCCACCCGUAUCCACGGCUACGUCAACGACCUCCUGACCCCAGCACCCUCCGGCAGGACGCGCUUGGAAAAGCAGUUCAAGUUAAUAACCCAGUCCAAUGCCAAGCAGUGUGACUACUCUGCAGCCCUCAAACAGUGCAACAGAGAAAAGAACCGGAACUCCUCUCUCAUCCCGGUGGAGAGGUCCAGAGUCUGUCUGUCGACAGUGGCAGGAGAGACUUCCGACUAUAUAAACGCGUCGUACAUCAUGGGGUACCAUCACAGCAGUGAGUUCAUUGUGACCCAGACGCCACUUCCCAGCACCACUAAGGACUUCUGGAGGAUGAUCUGGGACCACAACGCCCAGGUUAUCAUCACACUGCCAAGUACACAGAGUCAGACAGAGGAGGAGGAAGAGUGUGUGUUCUGGCCCCAAAAGGACCAGCCAAUCAGCUACGAGGCAUUCACAGUCUCCCUCGCCCGAGAGGACCACGUGUGCCUGUCCAACGAGGAGAUGCUGGUGGUGCAGGACUUUGUUCUGGAGGCCACGCAGGAUGACUAUGUCCUGGAGGUGAGGCAGUACCGGGCCCCACAGUGGCCCAGCCCAGACGGUCCCAUCAGCCACACCUUCGAGCUGAUCAAAAUCAUCAGAGAGGACACUGGCUCUCGGGACGGGCCCGUCGUCGUACAGGACACGUUCGGCGGAGUCACUGCAGGAACAUUCUGUGCCCUGACGACGCUAAUGCACCAGCUUGAGGAAGAGAACUCCAUCGAUGUCUACCAGGUGGCCAAGAUGACCAACCUCAUGAGGCCGGGAGUCUUCACUGACAUUGAGCAGUACCAGUUCCUUUACAAGGCCAUCCUGAGUCUGGUGAGCACCAGGGAGGACGAGAAGAUGCUUCAGUCUACCGACAAUAACGGGACCAUCCUGGGGAGUUCCACCAACGCUGCCGAGAGCCUGGAGUCCCUGGUGUAACCAUGGAAAUGCUCGCUCAGGCCAGCUCGUUCUCCGAGCCAGGACGGUUUGCGUCGACACGCCUUUCCCAUACAAGAAAAGCGCUUUCUGUGAAUCCCUCUCUGUUCCGUCUCUAAAAGAUACGACUACUACUGCUGGACAUGUUAUGUAAUGUGUGCCUUUACAUAAUUCAUAUUGUUGUUUUUUUUAACUGCUUUGAUACGAGUUUAAAUGUAGACUAAUUUUAAAUGUAUCGUGUUUUUUUUUUUUUUGUUGAAAAAAAAAAACAGAAGGUGGCUGUAGUCUUGCCUGGUGUUAAGGGACCCUUUGUUUAAUAUUUUGGCAUCCCCAUAAUGUCAUUUAUUGGCAACCAGCUACAGAACAAAAGGGAAGGAAAAGCAAAGACAUCUUUGCAAUGACCUGCUUAAUUAGUGCGACUGUAGAGAUCAUGAAUUUGAACACGGCUUCUUUUUCCAUGCCGAUACUGUAAAUACAACUCUCCUUAGUGAUGUUAAGCCUGUGGGGUCAGAGAGGAACAGGAACACAAAAUAAUAUUCUAAUAUGUAAAUAGUAUUAUAGUGACCAAGUCGAUGGACCAAAAUUCUAUUUAUACUUCCUAGAUUUUUAUAUUUUACUACAGAGUUGGUUUUCUAGUCAAUUUGAGGAACGAUCCUGUUCUAAUUUAGCUGAACAAUUAAUGUUUUUAACAUUUCUGAUAUUUACAGUAUUUCUGUAUUUUGUAAUAUGAACUUAAUAUGAAGCAUGGAAUUUUGAUCAUUCUUUUAGUUGUACAUGAGUUACUGCAUAUGUAGAGCUAGGAUUACAGGAAGAAGAAAGGAGAAUGGUGCAUGUAUAAGUUGUUGGAAAGUCCCUCAGUGAAUUUUCCGUUGGUUGGUUGUUUUGAAACAAGGUGAAACUGUAAUAAAGAUGAGAAUUUCAA